UAAGACGCGGCGCGAGCGCGCUGCGAGCGCAUUCGCUCGCGAGAGCUCGGCUGUGUACAGUGACACGUGUCGCGCCACGUGACCACGCGAUCAGACACGAGCGACGACGAGCACGAGUAACCUCGCGCUGACCGACCGGCCGACUUACGGAACGGAAGACGAGCUUCAAAGCACGCAAUCGAAAGUCAUUCGACGACGGCGGCGAACGACCGGAAUUUUCACCGAGCUCCGAGUUUCACUUCUAACCUGAAUACGACGGCGUCCGCGCGCGCGCUUGUGUGCGUCUCCUCAUACCAACCGACGACUUGGCCAGCGAAGGAUUAUAUACGUACGCACUCGCCCUUUAAAGGUGAUUACAUAAACCUCCUCCCAAGGAAGAGAGAGACAUCGUUUCCCGAGGAUCCAUCAACCUGAGCAUUCAACCGACAUGUGGCCGAAGGACGUUGGCAUUCGGGCGCUGGAGGUGUACUUCCCGGCGCAGUACGUGGAGCAGACGGAGCUGGAGGCAUAUGAUGGCGUUUCCGCGGGCAAGUACACGAUAGGUCUCGGCCAGUCGCGGAUGGGUUUCUGUAACGAUCGGGAGGACAUCAACUCGUUGUGCCUGACCGUGACGCACCGGCUGCUGGAGCGUCAUGGAAUCGAGCCGCGUGACAUCGGUAGACUGGAGGUAGGCACCGAGACGAUCCUCGAUAAGAGCAAGUCGGUCAAGUCCGUGCUGAUGCAGCUGUUUGAACCGCACGGCUGCACCGACAUCGAGGGCGCGGACACCACCAACGCCUGCUACGGCGGCACCGCCGCUCUCUUCAACGCCGUUGCCUGGAUAGAGAGCAGCGCCUGGGACGGCAGACUCGCUCUGGUCAUCGCGGCUGAUAACGCCGUGUACGAGGCGGGCAGCGCUAGACCCACUGGAGGCGCGGGCGCGAUCGCUAUCCUGGUAGGUCCCAACGCGCCCCUCGUGUUUGACCGCGGUCUCCGUGCGUCUUGUAUGCGACACGCAUACGACUUCUACAAGCCAGAUCUGCGAUCUGAGUAUCCGGUUGUAGACGGCAAGCUAUCGAUUCAGUGCUACUUGAGCGCCCUAGAUAGCUGUUACCAGCAGUACUGCGAUAAGGUCAGGCAGAAGGAUCCCGCUGGCGAUCCCGUAACAUUGGCCAGCUUCGACGCGUUCCUCUUUCACUCGCCCUACUGCAAACUCGUGCAGAAAUCCUUCGCCCGACUGGCCUUCGUUGAUUUUCUCAACACGCCGAAGGAUCGGCUCUGCGACCGCUACAAGGACGCGGCGAGCUUCCACGCCGCCAAACUCGAGGACACCUACUUCGAUCGGGGCAUCGAGAAAGUCUUCAUGCAACUGAGUAAGGCGGAUUUUGAGCGAAAGACUCGACCCAGUCUGUUGAUAGCGAAUCAAGUCGGAAAUAUGUACACACCGUCCGUCUACUCCAGUUUAGUGUCGUUACUUGUAUCGAAACCGAUAAGUGAAUUGGCCGGCAACAAGAUCGGCGUGUUCUCAUACGGGUCGGGUCUCUGCUCCAGCAUGUACUCGUUGACGGUGACGAGAGACACGCGGCACGGUUCUGACCUGUCCAAGAUCAUCACCGCUCUCUCUUAUGUUAAACCGCAAUUGGAAGGACGUCACUGCGUCUCCCCGGCAGACUACACCAGGGUCUUGGCAUCGAGGGAACACAAUUGUCACGUUGUGCCAUUCACCCCGGAGAAUAGUAUAGACGACAUGUUUCCGGGAACGUAUUACUUGACCCAGGUGGACGAAAAAUACAGGAGGACUUAUAAGAGAGUAUGAAAACGGCGUAUUAGACUUCAAGGUUUAGGAUUAUUUAUAGUCAAUUUUCUUCCCAAAAUGUGUAAAAUGAAAGGCACCAAGUUUUACUUGACUGUACAACUUGUAAUUGCUGUAACAGCAAUCCUAUAAUAUUGGUGGAUGAGAAACGCCGUCGUAUCAAAAAUUCAUCGAAUCUGAGUCUUCCUGACAAUUACUUUUUCUUCUUCUAUAUACAUCUUAAUAUAUUAUUUUUUUAUCACACAUUAAAAAAUGCGAAUCUAUUAUUUAAUACGAUUCACAAGAGAAGAGUGCAAUACAUGAUACAAUAGCAAUCGAUCAUGUAAUAUUCUUUACGAAUAUAAUUAACGCAGAAUAUAUAUGUCGCGUGGAACAAGUCGUUAAUAAAAGAAUUUCUUAGGCGUGGGUUUAUGUAAUUUUCAUGAAAAACAUUUCGAGAAAGAACAUUAUCCGCUCAUCUUGUUCGCUAAUUUACGCAGAAUCAAACUUUUACUCAAUGUCAACGUUCCUUACAUCGUCAAUUACGCGAAUAUGCUUUCAAAUAUAAUCUAUACAAUUCAAAUAUAAUCUAUAAUAAGCCGAAGCUUAUUUAUCAUGUUGUAGUUUGUUAACACUUAUGUUUUUAUAAAUCAAUGAUAUAUUUGCAUUGACAUAGAAAGCAGCAUUGCGCAAAGUGCCUUAUACAGAUUAUUCUUACAUAUAAUAAAGAAAAAAGAUUCAAGAAAUUUUUUAUACAUUUAUGUGCUCGAAUGCUAUUUUCAGCUCCUUUAAGGAUAUACAUGUAUAAAUGUAUAAGUAAGUAAGCUGGUAGAGCAGAAAUGUUAUAUAAAAAUCCUGGCUUAUGAUAUUUAAAUUUUAUAAAUGAUAUUUAAUUUAAAUUUUAAUAGAUAUAUAUAUAUAUAAUAAUUAAUUAAACGGAGAUUAUUUUUCCCGGUUUAUAUAUCUAUAUAUCAGUUUGUUGUUUAUUUGCGAUCAAUCUUGUUAAGUAUCUCUACACUAUAUUGAGCUGAAUUAUGUCUUCUCUACCUCGUUUUCCUUAUUUUAUACGCCUGUUGAUUCUGCAAUGAAAUAUUAUCUUAACACAAUAAAACCAAAUAAAUAUGAUUAUUAUAGUUAGUAUUCUAUACGCUGAGAAUUUACACGAUGCGCGCGUGUGUAUACGGCCUUGUAUUUACAAUUUAUGAUGUAUGGCCUUAUAAUGUUAUUUAUAUACGUAUGCGGUAGUCAUAUAUAGUAUGUCUGUUUAUACUGAAAUAAAUACAAUUAUCUGAAUUA